UCGGGGAAGCAGGAAAGCUUAUCCUAGAGAAAAAGGCUUGGACGCAGGAGAAUAAUUUUACAUCGAGAUCUGCUGGGGAAUUUAUUUAUUUUUGGUUCUGGUUGUACGGAGGGAGGAAGCGGAGGGUGUGUGGGCCAGUCAAACCUGAGGCAGCCUGAAGGCCCCCUCAGGCGGCGCCGCGGGCAGCCCCGCAGCCGGGGCCUGGUGCAGCCGCGGCCGCUGUCAGGGAAGCGCAAGCGGCCAAUGGAACCCGGCAGUGGCCGCUGCUGCUGAGGCGGCGGUGUCGGCAGUCCGACCCCGACCGCCCGCACCCCCUCCGCGGGGGUCCCCCCAGAGCUUGGAAGCUCGAAGUCUGGCUGUGGCCAUGGGAGACACAGUAGUGGAGCCUGCCCCCUUGAAGCCAACUUCUGAGCCGACUCCUGGCCCAGCAGGGAAUAAUGGGGGCUCCUUGCUAAGUGUCAUCACAGAGGGGGUCGGGGAACUAUCAGUGAUUGACCCUGAGGUAGCCCAGAAGGCUUGCCAGGAGGUGCUGGAGAAAGUCAAGCUUUUGCAUGGAGGCGUAGCCAUCUCUGGCAGAGGCUCCCCACUGGAGUUGGUCAAUGGGGAUGGUGUGGACAGUGAGAUCCGUUGUCUCGAUGAUCCACCUGCUCAGAUCAGGGAGGAGGAAGAUGAGAUGGGGGCCACUGUGGCUUCGGGCACAGCCAAAGGAGCAAGAAGGCAGCGGCAAAAUAACUCAGCUAAACAGUCUUGGCUGCUGAGGCUGUUUGAAUCAAAACUGUUUGACAUCUCCAUGGCCAUUUCAUACCUUUAUAACUCCAAAGAGCCUGGAGUGCAAGCCUACAUCGGCAACCGGCUCUUCUGCUUUCGUGACGAGGACGUGGACUUCUAUCUGCCCCAGCUGCUUAACAUGUACAUCCACAUGGAUGAGGAUGUGGGUGAUGCCAUUAAACCCUACAUAGUCCACCGUUGCCGCCAGAGCAUUAACUUUUCCCUCCAGUGUGCCCUGUUGCUUGGGGCCUACUCUUCAGACAUGCACAUUUCCACUCAACGACACUCCCGUGGGACCAAGCUACGGAAGCUGAUCCUCUCAGAUGAGUUGAAGCCAGCUCACCGAAAGAGGGAGCUGCCUUCCUUGAGCCCAGCUCCUGACACAGGGCUGUCUCCCUCUAAAAGGACUCACCAGCGUUCUAAGUCAGAUGCCACCGCCAGCAUAAGUCUCAGCAGCAACCUGAAACGAACAGCCAGCAACCCAAAAGUGGAGAAUGAGGAUGAGGAGCUCUCCUCCAGCACCGAGAGUAUUGAUAAUUCAUUCAGUUCCCCUAUUCGACUGGCUCCUGAGCGAGAAUUCAUCAAAUCCCUGAUGGCGAUCGGCAAGCGGCUUGCCACGCUCCCCACCAAAGAGCAGAAAACACAGCGGCUGAUCUCAGAGCUCUCCCUGCUCAACCAUAAGCUCCCUGCCCGAGUUUGGCUGCCCACUGCUGGCUUUGACCACCACGUGGUCCGCGUACCCCACACACAGGCUGUUGUCCUCAACUCCAAGGACAAGGCUCCCUACCUGAUCUAUGUGGAAGUCCUUGAAUGUGAAAACUUCGACACCACCAGUGUCCCUGCCCGGAUCCCUGAGAACCGAAUUCGGAGUACACGGUCCGUAGAGAACUUGCCCGAAUGUGGUAUUACCCAUGAGCAGCGAGCUGGCAGCUUCAGCACUGUGCCCAACUAUGACAAUGAUGAUGAGGCCUGGUCGGUGGAUGACAUAGGCGAGCUGCAAGUGGAGCUCCCUGAAGUGCACACCAACAGCUGUGACAACAUCUCUCAGUUCUCUGUGGACAGCAUCACCAGCCAAGAGAGCAAGGAGCCUGUGUUUAUUGCAGCGGGGGAUAUCCGACGGCGCCUUUCGGAACAGCUGGCUCACACCCCCACAGCCUUCAAACGAGACCCAGAAGACCCUUCUGCAGUUGCUCUCAAAGAGCCCUGGCAGGAGAAAGUGCGGCGGAUCAGAGAGGGCUCCCCCUAUGGCCAUCUCCCCAAUUGGCGGCUCCUGUCAGUCAUUGUCAAAUGUGGGGAUGACCUUAGGCAAGAGCUGCUGGCCUUCCAGGUGUUAAAGCAACUGCAGUCCAUUUGGGAACAGGAGCGAGUACCCCUCUGGAUCAAGCCAUACAAGAUCCUUGUGAUUUCGGCUGAUAGUGGCAUGAUUGAACCAGUGGUCAAUGCUGUGUCCAUCCACCAGGUGAAGAAACAGUCACAGCUCUCCUUGCUCGAUUACUUCCUACAGGAGCAUGGCAGUUACACCACUGAGGCAUUCCUCAGUGCCCAGCGCAAUUUUGUGCAAAGUUGCGCUGGCUACUGCUUGGUCUGCUACCUGCUGCAAGUCAAGGACAGACACAAUGGGAACAUCCUUUUGGACGCAGAAGGCCACAUCAUCCACAUCGACUUUGGCUUCAUCCUGUCCAGCUCGCCCCGAAACCUGGGCUUUGAGACGUCAGCCUUUAAGCUGACCACAGAGUUUGUGGAUGUGAUGGGUGGCCUGGAUGGUGACAUGUUCAACUACUAUAAGAUGCUCAUGCUGCAAGGGCUGAUCGCCGCUCGAAAACACAUGGACAAGGUGGUGCAGAUCGUGGAGAUCAUGCAGCAAGGUUGUCGUCGUUGCUCAGGAGCAUCCCCGUCUGGCCCCGUGAUGACGGUGGCCCAGGUCAUCUGUGAGUGUCAGACGUAGCAUAGGCAGAGGCCUGCAACCAGAUAAGUGCCCAGCUCAGGACCCAUUCCCAAGAGCCUCUUCCCAGCCUGCCCUCUGGGUUCUAAGAUUCUGCCCCCUUACCCCUUACCCCUUACUUGGGGAGAUGUGUUGGUCCUCUUCCCCCUCCACCCAUAUGCCCUCACCUACAGAGGGGCUGAAGAGCCUGGGAUGAUGAGCGGCUCGAGUCAGGCCUUGUGCCAUUUCCUUCUUUCCGCCCAGGCAGAACUGCGUCCACGCUGUCAGGGAUCUCUGAGGUGGGAGGGAAGGGCCACUCCGGAUACUGCUGGCUCUGUAUUUGCUGUAGCUGUUGCUACUGCCCGCCUCCUGUCCAUCCAUGACCCUCAACCCCCCCUGCUUCCCCAGGUUCUCAGCUUCCUUGCUUCCAUGGCUCCAGCACCAUUCGCAACCUCAAAGAGAGGUUCCACAUGAGCAUGACCGAGGAGCAGCUCCAGCUGCUGGUGGAGCAGAUGGUGGACGGCAGCAUGCGGUCCAUCACCACCAAACUCUAUGACGGCUUCCAGUACCUCACCAACGGCAUCAUGUGAUACCCUCCUUCUCAGGCCCAGGGGCGGUGGGGGAUCCAGGGGACCCUCCCGGAGGGGCCCUUCUCUGAGAAACCCCAAACCAGGAAACCACCUACCCAACCAUCCACACAAGGGAAACGGAAGGCAAGAAAUACAAAGGAUCAUGUGGUAACUGCGAGAGCUUGCCGGGGGUGGGAGAGCCAGCUAUGGGGUCCAGACUUGCUGGAGCUCCCCUGCCCUCAGGCUCUGUGUCAGUAUUGCCACCCGACAGACUCCAGGACUCACUGCCCUCCAGACAGAGGUGAUGAAUGUGAGGGACGCCAGGGCCUGCCUUCUCGCCAGGAUCUGAGAGGUUCUCCAAGGCCAUCCUCUUCGUCUGUUCUGGGUCCCAGGGCGGUGGGAGGGUAGGUCCUUGGCACUGAGGACUCAAUCCUGUGGUUGGCCUUUGGCCAGGCUGCUGCCCAACUCUACCCCUCCCAGGAACUGGCCCCAAGCCCAGGUUCCCCGAUAGGUGGGCUCUGAACUUGCUGAGGUUCCCCACCUCAGGGGCGAGGAAGGGAAUUACCACAACCCCUCCCAUGUAUUGAGGGUACUGGCCUAGCUGUGGGGAAUUCCUUACCCUGAUCCCUUCCCCACACCCAGGGAAAUAGCUCUCAAUUUUUUAUUUUUAAUUUUUGUUCGAAAUAAAGUACUUAGUUAGCCA